AACGCACACGACUGCAGUAAGACUGCUUGGAUAUACUCCGUAGAUUCAUAACAGUAACCUCAAGUAUUGUUGAUCCCCCUGAGAAGCAGUAACCUGCUGUGACCACUGUGGGGCAGAGCAGAGUAAUUCCUCUGCUGGAGCAAACAUUUGAACUUGAGGACCGAGGUAAGAGGAAAACUUGAGGGAAACCCCAAGUUAAAGAUGUAGUUAAGAAGACAUAAUAUUCCUCUACAGUCACCAGAACUAUUAUUUUUAGCAGAUUUACACGACCCUGAAUUCAUAAAACUUGUACUACAGCUGAAACUUAAACUGUGUAUAUAUAAAAUGCAAUUACUGUCUUGUCAAAACAAAAUUAUCAAAACAAAAAAAAAAAAAGUCAUGGUUAGAAAAGAUUAAACCACCUUACAAAACCAGCCAGCACACUUUCUGCUGAAUCCAUACAGAAUCCUACAUAUAAGUUGAAGGGUUAAAUGUGUUGUGUAAUUCCAUUUGGCUUUGGCAGAGCUCAAAGCGCCAGCAGAAGCCCUGCCUCAGCAGUUUAGCCUGCCCAAUAAAGCAGCAGGCUUCUUACCACUGGGACAGUCUGACAACCGCAGCCAGAGACAAGCCCAUGCCACUCUGUCCAGCAGUUAGACAGGGAGAGGUCCCAGAACACACACAUAGACACAUGCACAUCCACAUACAUGCAUGAAUACACGCAUAUAGACACAAAAAAAACACAACUAGCAUCAGCAUUCGCUCUUUUGUAAGCCUUACUUGGAGAUGCAAGAUGAGCACCAUCCCCACACUUUGAGAGUAACUAGGGUGAUGGAAAUGCAUGUUCAGCAUUUCAUUGUAUAUGCUCCUCAAAAUUGCACACAGUGCGACAGGCCCAUGCACACACACAAACCACGAGACCUGACCAUCACUUUAGACUUCUGGGGUUUUGGGCCAUGGUCCAAGACACUCGCAGGAACACAGGAAAUGACAUUUCCUACGUUUUGCAGGACACACAGAGAAAGAGAGCAAGCGAGAGAGACAGUCAGAGGGAGAGUGAGUGAGAGAGAGAGUACUGGGAGAGAGUGGGAGUUUCUAAGUGGGAACAGAGCCUUUACUGUUUCAUAUUACACAGAAAAGAGGAGAAAGAGGAGAAGAAUUAAUGGUGGGUAAGGGCUCUGGCGGGCUGUGCAGUCAGGCUCUGUUUUGAAUGUAGCUGCUUGUGUAAGUGCUGUGCAGUUGUCUGGGUUUAUGGAUUCGCUGACUGAGGAAAAUGUAUUUCUCUAUAGUGGUCCUUGUCCUGACUAAGGCUCUGGUCACAGUAGAAGUAUGUCACGCUCUGAAUGUGACAGUCACCCCUGGGCCUGUUGUCUUAGUACCAGAGAAAGACAAUCUGACACUGUCCUGCCUCGUAUCUCAAAGGAAGAGAAGCAGCAGUGUCCUCAUUCUUCGCUGGUUCUUCUCCCCUCUUACUGCUCCCACUGUCGGGCCUCCUCCCUCCUUUCCCCCCACCUCAGCCCCUGCCCCAGAGCCCACUCAGUUUCUCAUUGUGAAGAUGGGCAUAAAGAAAAUGAAGAUCUAUGGGAACUACACCCGUCGUUUCCCCCAGCCAAAGUUUCGUCUGCACGAGGAAACAGAGGGAGAGGUGUUCCAGUUGCGGAUUCUCCGCGUGAUGGAGAUGGACCAGGGUUUUUAUACCUGUAAAGUUCAGGAGAUCCGGAAACACAGAGACACAUGGAGAGCAUCCUCCAAUGGUACCAGCACCACACAGCUGACAGUGCACUUUACCCCUGAGGAUGGAAGCAGUGAAGGACCGUGGCUUUUAUUUGCAGAUGUGUAUCUGUGUGCUGUGCUGAUCUGCUCGCUGGGCUUGUUGUCCAUCUUCCUGUUCACACUCGUCCUAACCUGCCAGUACUUCCACAGAAGACACAGGCUCAAAGCCAGUUACCUUCUGGUGAAAUGUCCAGAAAGCAGCUCAGGAGAGACUGUAACCAGCUCCAGCAGCUCUUCCAGUUCCUCUCCAAGAACACAAAGGAAAGAAUCAAGACAAAAACCUGAAAGAACAGUGAUGCCACCAAAACUACCUGAAGAUCCACCACUGCACAUAUCAGCCAAAGCGCCAGUUGCUGCAAAGAGACCUCAGAAACCCAGAAGGUCGAAGCCAAGGACAUCCACUGCUCCUCGAGUAUCACAUGAAGACAGCCUGACGUAUGCAGAGCUGGAGCUCGUCAGACCGAGGCUGGAGCCCCCGGCCUCCUCCACUCCUGACCCCGCACCCUGCAACUCGGACACCGUGUACGCUCAGAUCCUCUUCCAGGAGAAACAGCUGUAACCAUGGCAGCUGGGCGAGGCCAGAAUUCAUCCCUCCCAGCCGAACCGAGUAGCAUCCAAAGGACUAUAUUUAUGAACUAUCAGUAUGACAUUUAGCAUUGUUUUUUUGGAUGCAAGCAUGCCACAUCUGUUUGUAAAUGAGGGUUUUGUGUUUGCUCUGUGCAGUUUCAUUCCAGCACAGCAGUUCUGGGGUCUUUUAAUUCUGUUGUUUUGUUUGCUGGCAUCACUGGCCUGUGAGCCAGAUGUUUAUAGAAUGCUCUUACCGUUAACUAUUUUGUAUAAACUCAGGAGACUGUGUGGAAAGAAAAUGUUGUCCAGGCUCUCUUACUGCAGUGCCACAAGGCGCUGUAACACUCAGCUUUUUAAAUGCAUUUGUAGCCCAAUUACAGUACUAAUACAUCAUAUUAAUAAACAUGCCUGGGUCUGA